GCCGAGCGGCCUGGGCAACCUUGCCUGGACGGGGCGGGGGAGGCCAUGGCCUCGGCAGAGUUGCAGGGGAAGUACCAGAAGCUGGCUCAGGAGUACUCGAAGCUUCGGGCUCAAAAUCAGGUCCUGAAAAAAGGUGUUGUGGAUGAACAAGCAAAUUCUGCUGCUUUAAAGGAACAACUAAAAAUGAAGGAUCAGUCAUUGAGAAAGCUACAACAGGAGAUGGACAGUUUGACAUUUCGAAAUCUGCAGCUUGCCAAGAGGGUAGAACUGCUUCAGGAUGAGCUGGCUCUAAGUGAACCCCGAGGCAAGAAAAACAAGAAAAGUGGAGAAUCUUCCUCUCAGUUGAGUCAAGAGCAGAAGAGCGUCUUUGAUGAAGAUCUGCAGAAGAAGAUAGAAGAGAACGAACGCUUGCAUAUACAAUUUUUUGAAGCCGACGAGCAGCACAAGCAUGUGGAGGCAGAGCUGAGGAGCCGGCUGGCCACGCUGGAGAUGGAGGCCACCCAGCACCAAGCAGUGGUCGACGGCCUGACGCGGAAGUACAUGGAAACCAUUGAGAAGCUGCAGAACGACAAGGCUAAACUAGAAGUAAAAUCUCAGGCCCUAGAAAAGGAGGCCAAGGAAUGUCGACUUCGAACGGAAGAAUGUCAGUUGCAGUUAAAGCAUCUUCAUGAGGAUUUGUCGGGUAGAUUAGAGGAGUCCUUAUCAAUCAUCAAUGAAAAAGUACCUUUUAAUGAUACAAAAUAUAGUCAGUAUAACGCACUGAACGUCCCGCUCCACAAUCGGAGGCAUCAGCUGAAGAUGCGGGACAUUGCUGGGCAGGCCCUGGCUUUUGUUCAAGAUCUUGUGACGGCUCUUCUGAACUUUCACACCUAUACGGAACAGAGGAUUCAGAUUUUUCCUGUUGAUUCUGCCAUCGACACUAUAUCUCCACUGAAUCAGAAGUUCUCACAAUACCUUCAUGAAAACGCGUCCUAUGUUCGCCCUCUUGAGGAAGGAAUGCUUCAUUUAUUUGAAAGCAUCACUGAGGAUACUGUGACUGUCCUGGAAACAACUGUGAAAUUGAAAACUUUUUCAGAGCAUUUAACCUCCUACAUAUGUUUUCUUAGAAAGAUUCUUCCUUAUCAGUUAAAAAGUUUAGAAGAAGAAUGUGAGUCUUCUCUGUGCACAUCUGCGCUGAGAGCCAGGAACCUAGAACUGUCUCAGGAUAUGAAAAAGAUGACAGCUGUGUUUGAGAAGCUCCAGACUUACGUCUCUCUUCUUGCCUUGCCAAGUACAGAGCCAGACGGGCUCCUUCGGACAAACUACAGCUCCGUUUUAACAAACGUGGGUGCCGCUCUGCAUGGAUUUCAUGAUGUCAUGAAAGAUAUUUCCAAACAUUACAGUCAGAAAGCUACAAUAGAGCAUGAACUACCAACAGCAACCCAGAAGCUAAUAACAACUAAUGACUGUAUCCUGUCAUCAGCAGUAGCAUUAACAAAUGGAGCAGGAAAGAUGGCCUCUUUCUUCAGCAACAACGUGGACUUCUUCGUUGCUUCACUGAGCUAUGGGCCCAAGGCAGCAGCUGGGUUCAUUAGUCCCCUGUCAGCUGAGUGUAUGCUGCAGUACAAGAAGAAAGCCGCUGCCUACAUGAAGGCUUUGAGAAAGCCCCUCUUAGAGUCUGUGCCUUAUGAAGAAGCACUGGCAAACCGCCGGGUCCUUCUGAGUUCUACUGAAAGUCGAGAAGGCCUUGCACAACAGGUUCAGCAAAGUUUGGAGAAGAUUUCUAAACUGGAGCAGGAAAAAGAACAUUGGAUGUUAGAAGCACAGUUAGCCAAAAUCAAGCUGGAGAAAGAAAACCAGCGAAUUGCAGAUAAGCUGAAGAGUACAGGGAGUGGGCAGCUGGUUGGGCUGGCCCCGGAAACUGCUGCUGUGUUGCAUGCUCCGGGCCAGGAAGAAGCCGCGGCCAAGACUGGGCCGGAGCCUGUUCAGAGCACCAGUCUGAUUGGAGUUUUGACCAAGAUCUCUGACAGUGAGGUUCCGGAUGUGGAGUCCCGUGAAGACUUAAUUAAAAAUCACUACAUGGCCAGGAUAGGGGAGCUUACAUCGCAGCUGCAGGUGGCUGAUAGUAAGUCGGUGCAUUUCUACGCCGAGUGCCGUGCACUCUCUAAAAGGCUGGCCUUGGCUGAAAAGUCCAAAGAGGCAUUGACAGAAGAGAUGAAGCUGGCCAGUCAGAACGUCAGCAGGCUUCAGGAUGAGUUGACAACCACCAAGAGGAGCUAUGAGGACCAGUUAAGUAUGAUGAGCGACCACCUGUGCAGCAUGAACGAGACCUUGUCGAAGCAGAGAGAAGAGAUCGACACGCUCAAGAUGGCCAGCAAGGUAUGGCAGGGAAAUUCUAAAAAGAACAAGAGCCGGUAGUUUACAAAUGGCUGGUUGGUGACUGUUCUUUCCAGAGCCGCUGCUGUCUGUGCCCACAGCCACGGGACCGACUCCACGUCCACGCUGGGCUCCGCGGUCAAGAAGCCGAAGUGUGGCUGGACCUAUACGCUAGUCAGUGUUGUACCUGGCUUUGAAACACUUAAAAUGUAUUUGUAACUAGUGAGGCAAAUGUAGAAUUUUACGUUAACAGUAAAGUGGAAAACAGCACACAUACCCUGGAUAUUAUAGGUUUCUUUAAGCUGUUUUUACUGUGCAAUUUUUAAAAUUAGGUUUUCAUUUCAGUAUGUAACAACAACAAAUAUUUUCUAUAUUUUCAAAACUCAGUUAUAUGGGAAUUGAUUUAGUAUGUAUGGAAUUGAUAAAUGUUUCUGGAUAAAGGGUUGCAUUGUUAAAUUGUCAUUACCUCUUGCUAUAAUUGAAAGCAGUCUCCAGAUUCCUUUUGAAGACUUCCUCAUUCUCUCUUUCUCUUUCUCGGAGAGGAAGAGAGUGGGUCUUGCAAAUUUCAGAUCUUGUGCAUUUAUUAUUAUCAUUGUCUUCAGCUCUUCUGUCACCCUGUGUUAGAAUAAUAGCUUAAGGAAAUGGAUGUCAAUAAAUUCAUACUUAUAUCAAACUUUCAGUCUCUCUAUGAAAAUUUGAUAAAGGAAACUGAAAGCCAUUAAAGGCAGAUUUACAAAAUCUACAAGGAUCCCAAAUCCCAGUUGACUUAGAUGUAAUCUUUCUAAUUCCCCAAAUUGGAACAGUUGUACAGUCAAUCCUUUAUUAAGGCUCUCAAGUUUUGCCUGGACAGCUACUUGUAACCACACUUCAAGCAAGGACCCUCGGUCCUUCAGCCUCCCCUUGGUUCAUCUCAUAUAUUAUGUAUCUCAGGAGUGUCUCUCCUAGCAUCUCCACUCCCAAAACCCUAAAUAUAUUACUCCUUUUCUGAGUGGCUUGCACAGGCCUGCUUAACCUGGAUGGUCAAGUCCCCAGAUUAGUCGAGGUGUUCCUGAAACCGCUUCCUCUCCCUCCCUGCCUGCAGCUCCACCUCCCUUGAGCUUCUCCUUGAGGCACUUGCCAGUCACCUUCCAAAACACUUUAUUCUGGUUCCCUGAGAGCCCUCAUUGGCUCUGUGCUCAGCACAAGUGCCAACUCCUUGGCCUCUGCCCAAGCCCUCAGCUGCCAGUAUAGAGAGGCUCUGGUUGCCCAGAGUCCUCACAGCAGAGAAAGGUCUGGAUCCUGCCUUGGAGAUCGCUGGGUUGUCAGUUCAGCCCCACAUUUCCCAGCCCUUCAAGUCCCCAGCCCUCUUGUCCUUUCUGUUUUCCAUCCCCUGCCCAUUUCCAGUUUUCUGUCACCUGAACCAGCUGUUUUUACUACCCUGGUGCACAGGCCCCUGAGCACUCUUACGGAAAUGUCAUGUAGCCAUGCCACCCAGCUCUGUUGCAAACCUAGGGUUUCCAGCCCUAUAGGCCUUCGGUGUUCCGUGACGGUCCUUUUGGUAUUUCUAAUCCAUUUCUGUUCAAGUUUCAAUACUGGCUACACGGCUUCUGUCCUCAAGCCCUGCCUGCCUCAUUCAGGAUCUACACAUCAAAAUCAGAGCCUGGCACAGUGAGUAUCCUUUGACCUCCACACCUGCACACACAUUCACCUGUCGUUAUUGCUUUCCUGCUUCAGGGGAUGAGGGGUCCCUGCUACCCGCAAAGCUAACCUAUCUUCCCAUGCUUGAUGCUACUCCUUUUCUAGGGCUUGACUCUUUUAUAUCUUCAAUUUCUUGUUGUGCUGACUCCUUUCCCCCAGUUUACAAACAGAUUGAACUUAUCUCUAACUUUUAUAAUACCUUCCUUCAGCCCCAGUUUAGAGUACUGACUUUGAAGCCAUACUCCCUGGGUUUGAAUCCCUAGCCUCACAAAUGAGUUACUUAGCAUUUCUGUGCAUUGGUUGCCUUCUCUGUAAAAUGAGGAUAAUAAUAGCACCUAUUGCCUAGGAAUUAAUAUUGUAAAUUGCCUAGAAGAGUACCUGGUAUAAAUGCCGAGGCCCUGGGGUAGGAGUAUACACACCUGAAAUCCAGGAGCAGCAAGGAGGCCAGCACAGUUGGAGUGGGGUGACCGGGGUGAGGGCAGCAGGAGAUGAGGUUGGCGAGGUAACCAUGGGCCAAAUAACAGUGUCAUGUAGGUCUGUGGUAGACUUUGGCUUCGCCUUUCUGAGAGUUAAUGGGAAGCCUGUGGAGGGUUGGGGACAGAGGGCUGACUUAUAUUUCAAGAGAAUUGUUGGCUGCUCUGCUGGGAAUGGAUUGUAGCGAAGCAAGGGUGGAAGCGGAGAGAUUGGUUAGGAGACUACUGCAGUAAUCCAGGUGAGAGAUGAUAGUGCCUGGGGCCAUGGUGGUACCAGUGGGAGUUGUGCAAAGUCAGGUUCUGGGUCUAUUUUGAAGGUAGAAUUGAUCAGGUUUGCUGACAGAUUUAAAAUUGUAGCUCUUUCCCCCUAUAUUCCUCUUCCCUGCUAUAUUUUACUCCUUAGUACUUAAAAUGUGAUGUACUAUUGUUGUUAGGUGCCAUUGAGUUGUUUCCAACUCGUAGCGACCCUGUGUACAACAGAACAAAACACUGCCUGGUCUGUGCCAUCCUCACAGUCAUUGCUGUGUUUGAGCUCAUUGUUGCAGCCACUGUGUCAAUCCAUCUCAUUGGGAGUCUUCCUGUUUUUCACUGUCUGUCUACUUUACCAAGCAUGAUGUCCUUCUCCAGAGACUAGUCCUGCCUGAUAAUAUGUCCAAAGUACAUGAGACUAAAUCUCACCAUCAUUGCUCCUGAGGAGAAUUUUUCCCAGACACAUUUGUUCAUUCUUCUGGUAGUUCAUGGUAUCGUCCAUAUUCUGUAUUCUUCACCAACACCAUAAUUCAAAGGAAUCAAUUCUUCUUCCAUCUUCUUUAUUCAUUAUCCAGCUUUUGCAUGCAUGUGAGGCAAUUGAAAAUGCCAUAGCUUGGGUCAGGUGCCCCUUAGUCCUUAAAGUGACAUCUUUGCUUUUUUAACACUUUAAAGAGGUCGUUUGUAGCAGAUUUGCCCAAUGCAAUAUGUUGUUUGAUUUCUUGACUGCUGCUUCCAUGGGUGUUGAUAGUGGGUCCAAAUAAAAUAAAAUCCUUGAUAACUUCAAUUUUUUCUCCGUGUAUUGUGAUGUUGGUUAUUGGUCCAGUUGUGAGGAUUUUUGUUUUCUUUAUGUUGGGGUGUAAUCCAUACUAUGUAUUUUGCUUAUUUUUCUUGUUUAUUGCCUGUCUCCACCUGUAGAAGAUAAAGCUCCAUGAAGGCAAGAUUUUUGUGUGACUUGUUCACUAUGGUAUCUCCUUGCCAGAACACUCCCUGGCACAGGGCAGGCAUUUAGUUGAAUGUUUGUGAGAUGAAUGUUGAUUGGACGGGAUGUGAGUGUGAGGGAAAGAGAGAAGUCAAAGACCAAGAUUUUGGCCUGAACAAACUUGCCUGAAAGAGGAAAGGCUGAGGGAGGGGCAACUAGCCUCCAUCUAGUUGUAACCUAAGCCAGAGACCUGGGAACCUUCUUGUUGGAUUCUUCCUCACCUCACACAUUUCAGUGGUCAUUUUGUAUUAUUGGAUCUUCCUAUCUUUGUAAUGUCUCUCAAUUCCAGCCUCUCCUUACUCAAUACCUUAAAUUGCUCCUUCACUGUCCAUUUUCUGGACCACUCAUCUUUCUUUACUUCAGCCUCCUACCUCUUCUACCAGACCAUCUUUCUAAAACAUAUCUCUGAAUAGCCAUUUUCCUGAAUGAAAGCCUUCAAGACGGCUCCUCAUUGUGUCAUUUCGUGAAUGUAUCGCAGGCUUUCACACCUCUAUACCUUGGGUUCUGCUAUUCUUUCUGGCAGUGAUGCCCUUCCCUACCUUUUCCACCUACCUCCAGAUUCCUGCACAUCCCCAGACCAGCUCAGAUCUCCCCUCUGUGAAGAGCCUUCACUGACACCUUCCUGGCCUGCACUGCUGACUUUAGCAUUCUGCAGCCCUCCACUCUAGAUACCCUCGCUGAUGCCACCCAGCAGCUGUGAGCCGCCAGAGCUCCCAGACCAGCCACCCAGUGCCUUGCGUGAUGUCUGGCCCCACAACGCUCAGGACUGUUGGUCGCUCUGUAAGGUGUCAGCGUAUCUGUGAGGCUCCUGGAGCUGAGGGACAGGGCAAGAUAUUAGAGGGUACAGCUGGGUCCAUGGCAAAACUGUGCCUUUCUGAAUUAAUGGCAGAGAUUCCUGCUUUCUUUGUGGGGUCACUUCCCAAGGCAUAUAAUAACCACCAUUUAUUAUUUAUUAGCCACUUACCAUAAGUCAAGCGUAGUUAAGAUUUGACACAUAUUAUUUCACUUAAUCUUGCAGCAACUGUUGUCUCAUAGAUACUAUUACUGUCCCCAUUUUACAGAUGAAGCUCAGUUUUGUAUCUGAGAUUUAAAGGGCCUAAGCAGCUUGUCCGUGGUCACACAGCUAGUACACCCUGGAGUCGGGAUUCAAAUCCAGACUCGUCUGAUGCCAGAGCCAGGAUUAUUCAUUCACUACUACAGUCCUGGCUCUUUGAAACUGGGGGCUCUCAGCGAGCCUCCUACAGGAACUAUACGUUUGGAGAAUGAAGCUAAAUCUCUCAGUAACAGAAGUACCGUGCUCAGCUUUCCCCUGUCUUCAGGAAGUACCUCUUAUUCCUUCUUUCAGUUAGCUUUCAGUUAGCUUCUUGGGCUAGUUGCAGCCUGGGCACAGUGUUCAGGUCCCACCCAGAAAUGGGCGGCACAAAUGCUUUGCACUCAAUUACCAACCUAAAGGUUGGCAGUUCAAAGUCACCCAGUGGCACCAUGGAAAAAAGGCCUGGUGAUCUGCUUUUGUAAAUAUCACACCCAAGAAAACCCAACGGAGCAGUUCUAAUCUGUAAUGCGUGGGUUUGCAGUGAGUCGAAAUCGCCUUGAUGGCACUGGGUCUGGUUUGACACAGUCUUUGCCUUUGACGUGAUAUUUUUCUUCUCCGUCCCUUUAUUUACUUACAUGGGCAGCCCCCGGAUUACAAACGAGAUCCGUUCCUAAGUGUGUCUGUAAGUCGAAUUUAUAGGUAAGUCAGAUCAGGUGCGUACAGUUCUCUCUUGGCCUUUAGUGCAGGAACAGGCUCGAAUCCUUUUCAGCGUUUUAAAAUCUGCGUGUGCAGCGAGCGAAGGUGACUUUGAUGCGUUUGUUGUGAGCAGGGGUUGAUUCAGUCAUUUCAAAGUGAGGGCGAAUUUACACAACAUUAAAGGGCAAGUGGCAGUUGUCCUUUACUUUGGACGUGCAUAGCCUGGGACCUCCUGUGCCCUGUCACACAGACCUUCCUAAGGCCCAGCCCCCACGUUUAGUAUCCGUAUUUAUGCUGUGAGGCUGCUCUUUCCUUCUAGUCCUUUUUCUGCUCAGACUGUGUUGUUACUAUUUUAUGAUGGGGAUUUUCUAACUCCAAAGUAGAGAGACUGGUAUGAACCCCUAUGUCCUUACCGCUCAGUAUGAACGUUUAAUCGGUUUUCUCUUUUUUCUGACACUGUUUUGUUUUUUUUCUUGGAGAAUUUCAAGGCACAUCCCAGACAUUGAGUCAUUUCACCUGUAAAUACUUCAGCUCUGUAUACCUUUGCCAAGCUGGUGAGCACUGACUUCUAAACAUGUCUUACCCAUUUCAUCAUUCAUUCAGCAAGUGUGUGGUGAGAGUGCCUUGUGCCCAGUGCUGCGGAGACUGUGAUGAGCCACACCGACAUGCUGGCUGCCCUUGACAGCUCCAGCCUCAGCGAGGCCAAGAGGCGACCCCAUAAAUGCAUAGGUACAAGCUGCCAUUUAUUGUCCAUCCUGCCCUGGGACUGCCUCAGGGCGGCAAGCAAAGGAUAUUGAGCAGGGGCUGUCAUUUUUUUAUUAUUACAUGCCUGUAUUUUUAUUGACGUCAUUAACGUAGUUUGAGUCAAACUGUUCUAAAAGACUUUUUGCAAAGAAAAAACAAGACAAAAAACAGGUCCUUGAUCUUCUCCUCCAUUCCAGGCUCCCCAGGGACAAUCCCUUUCUUUCACUUUUUGGUAUCUCUUUCUGUAUUUUCAAAUAGCAUGCUGGUUUUGCUUUUCUUGUUAUUGACUGCCUUCACACUUGGGAGAUGAGGGUCUGCCUGUUUCAGCCGCCUCCCACUCCCCACCACUCUCUGCCCCCUGAACUUCCUCUCUCUCUUUUCCUGUCUUCUUUUCGGAAUAACUAAGUCAACACUGCGAUUAGGCCAGUAUUCAAUGUAUGCCCUAUUUUCAGUACUCAAAUGCAAUUGAUAGCUGAGCCAUGUAAUAUACCAUGGUUCCUUUUCCUUUCCUGUACAACUCUGUCUUGCCUGGAGUUAAUCCUUUUUUUACUUCGGUUUGUUUUAAUGGACUGUGUGUCCUAUGGUUUACCAGUUGCCAUCGGGUCAGCUCCGACUCACAACACCCCAUGUGUGUCAGAAUGGAAUUAGGUGCCAUAGGAUUUUCAGUGGCUGACUUUUCAGAAGUAGAUUGCCAGGCCUUUCUUCCAGAGUACCUCUGGGUGGACUCUAAGCUUUAAAUGUUUUGGUUAACAGCCUAACGCGUUAACUGUUUGCAUCACCCAGGGACUCCUGUUCUGUGAUGCAUAUCACUAAUUUCUUUUUGAAUUCUUCCCCAGUUAUGUAAUUCUCAAGUGUGCCAAAUUCAACGGGGUGGUCACCAACUUUAUAUUUUUCAAGAAAUGCCUCCUGGAGCCCUCUGACCUGCUCCAGGCUGUUCUGGUUGAUCUUCAGGAUGACAGUAAAGCUGUCAUUUUGGAAUCUUCCUUCCCAUCAUCCAGAAAUCAAGUCUCUCCUACUGUUAACCCCUCCAACUCUGAACACCCUUCCAGUGCCUGCCCUCUCCGUCUACUUGCUUCUGCAGCCACCUCUCAAAAGAGUUGUCUAUUCUGUCUCAGCCUCAUGUGGAUGGGAACUGAAACAUGAGAGGCAAUUCUCUGUCUAGGAACGGGCUAGGGCCCCAGAGAAUUGAUUGAAGUCCAUAGAGAGGCAGAAGACUUAAUUAAUCAUGCCUUGCUUCCUGGAGAAGAUGGAGUUUUCUGAUCUUAUUAAAUAGCAUUUACUACUUUUUCCUGAUUAUAUACUACCUGCUCGUUGUUAAAAAUUUGAAAAAUGAUGAAAAGUAUCAAGAACACACAUCUCUUUGUGGAGAUUCAACUAUUAGCAUUUUUUGCACAUGUAAUAUAAAAGGAGCCCUGGUGGUGAAAUGGUUAAGUACUCGGCUGCCAACCUAAAGGUUGGUGGUUGGAACCUGUCAGUGGCUACGUGGGAGAAAAGACCCAGUGAUCUGCUCCUGUAAAGAUUACAGCCUUGGCAAACCUAUGGGGCAGUUCUACUCUGUCCUAUAGAGUCACUGUGAGUUGGAAUCAACUUGACAGUACACGACAACACAACAUGUAAUAUAUAUAUUUUUAAAAUCAAAAUUGGAGUAUAUUAUACAUAAGAAAUCCCAAAUGAGAAAAGGCUCUUUAACAGGAAGAGAGAAGUUAGAUCCCCUGGCGGUACAACUCCAGGGGGCACUGUUCACACUGUGUUCUACAGCAUAGCCCAGUAGUCCUGGGUGAAGGAUAAGACCCUCCAGGUGCAGUUUGAGACACUAAUAGCGUGCGUAUUGUCAUAUUUUUAAACUCCACCCCCACCUGCCCUGUUAUGGAUUGAAUUGUGUCCCCCCAAAAUAUAUGUCAACUUGGUUAGGCCAUAAUUCCCGGUAUUGUGUGAUUGUCAUCUGAUGUGAUUUUUCUAUGUGCUGUAAAUCCUUCCUCUAUGAGGUUAAUGAGGUGAGAUUAGCGGCAGUUAUGUUAAUGAGGCAGGACUCAAUCUACAAGACUAGGUUGAGUCUUAAAUGAGUCUCUUUGGAGACACAAAAGAGGGAAGCAAGCAGAGAGACGGUACCUCAUAUCACCCAGAAAGCAGUGCCAGGAGCAGAGCUUUUUCUUUGGACCUGGGGUCCCUGUGGUGAGAAGCUCCUUGACCAGGGAAGAUUGAUGACAAGGACCUUCCCCCAGAGCUGACAAAGACAGCCUUCCCCUGGAGCUGGUACCUCUAGUCUCCUAGACUGUGAGAGAAUAAACUUCUCUUUGUUAAAGCCAACCACUUGUGGUAUUUCUCUUAUACCAGCACUAGAUAACUAAGACAGGUCCCAACAUGCAAUACUGACUUCUCAAAGCUAAAGAAAACUGGAUUCUCCAUUGCAUUGUUAUGAAAGCAACUGCUUUGGUUAAAGCUAACAUGGUUUUUAACAACAUGACUAGUUUCCAAGUUCAUUAUCCAUUAAAAAAAAAACCACCUUAGCUGCACCAUUUCCAAACAACAGUGUGAGAAAAAAUAAACUUAAGAAAGUCACCAAAGAAGCUGGAGCAAAGGCUCUCCAAAUGAUUAUGAAUUGAAACCUUACAGCAAAAAAAAAAAAACCCAGACACAGAAAUAGGCAAUUUAUAGUUUUGUUUUAUGCAGCA